UUUUGUUUCACCUGGGCUGGUGCUAGGUCUACCCAUGGUGUCUGUACAGGAAAGGUUUUCUAUGAAGUACACAUCACUGAAAAUUUACCUGUUAAUUUUGGACAUGAUCAUAAUGAAACCAAUCCUCAUGUUUUACGAGUUGGUUGGUCUGUUGAUUCCAGUUCAUUUCAAUUAGGUGAAGAACCAAUGUCCUAUGGUUAUGGUGGAACUGGUAGAUUUUCUGUUAAUAGUAAAUUUAGUGUUUAUGGUGAAUCAUUUGGUGCUGGUGAUGUGAUUGGUGCCAUGUUAGAUUUAGAUUCUUCCCCUGCUACUAUAUCCUAUAUGAAGAAUGGAACAUGGUUAGGAGUAGCAAUGCCAAUACAUGAUUAUCAAGUUGGCAAUGAUAAAAUGGCAUUGUUUCCUCACAUUUUAUCCAAAAACUCAAGGUUUAGAGUCAAUUUUGGUCAGAUAGACCCAUGGUUUCCACCACCUAGAGGUUAUACCUAUAUAGAUAAACUACCAACUUAUCAACGAGUUAGAGGUUUACAAGAACCAGAUAGAUUUGAAGAUUGUGAGAUGAUCAUGAUAGUUGGUCUGCCUGGAGCAGGUAAAACAUCAUGGGGUAUUAACAUGGAGAAGAAACAUCCCGAGAAACGGUAUAAUAUUAUUGGUUCUGAUACAUUGAUAGACAGAAUGAAAGUCAUGGGGUUACCUAGGAAACGCAACUAUCAUGGUAGAUGGGAAGUUCUAAUUGAUAAAUCUAUGAAAUGUUUAAAUAGAUUAUUUAGAAUAGCUUGUAAGAAAAAGAGGAAUUAUAUAUUAGAUCAAACCAAUGUUUAUGCAUCAGCGAGAAAACGCAAAAUGAAAGAUUUUCAAAAGUUUUACCGAAUAGCUGCAGUUUUACAGCCAGAUAACACUGAAUUAGAAAUGAGAUCAUAUAAACGUACUCAUGAAGACGGAAAAUUUGUGCCAGAGGAUGCUGUGCGGGAUAUGAAAGCUAACUUCACUCUUCCAACAUAUGAGGAAAAUCUUUUUGAUAGGAUAGAUUUUAUAGAAUUACCAAAAGAGUUAGCCGAGCCUUUAGUGCGACAG